AUGAUGAAGAAAAGGAAUUCUGGGUCUAUGAAUCAAAUGCAUAGUUUAUUAUCUACUAAUGAGGAUGAAAAUCGGUUCAGCCGAAGAAAUUUUUGCCAUUCGGCCCCAGUGAAAAAAUCCCUUUUGUCCAUGAAGAAUCUCCAAAGAAAAAAUGAAGAAGAGAAAUGUGUUUUAUCUUCUAUAAAGUCAUCAGAAGAUUUGGAUGGGUUUUCUAAAGAAACACCGAACACAAAGAAAGCCAUGCCUUGUCGCUGUAAAAGUCUAGGGGAGGAUACAACUUCAACUAGUCCGUGUCUUAUCACGCAGUCCAAGGCGAACCUCUUGAGGACCCCGACACCCAGUCACAGAAUUGGCCCACAUGUGUUUGACCAUCUUAAGUCCAGUCUUCAAGAGAGACACAAAACAUUUGUCAGGAAGACGAAGGCAAAAUCUCCUACUAAAACGCCUUCAGAGGAAGAUGAAAAUGCUUCUGUUUUCAAGGAUGAAAAGUCGACCAAGGUUCGAUUUAAGAUGGCGGCUAAAUGUGUUGCCGUCCUUAUUAGAUGGCUUAAUGCCAUUAUCCAAAUAAGCGACACAAAGACUAUAAGAACAGCAACUGAAGAGAGAUGGUACACACUAUAUACCAGCAGGGAGGCCAGACGACUAGCAUUCAACAAAAUGGUUUACUCCAAAGAAAGGGCAUUUGCUAAAGUUCCAAAAUGGGCAUUAGAUAUAUUUGAUACAGACCCAGAUUCCAGAAGUGAGAAAGACUGCAGGCGGAUCCAUGCUCUUCUUAGGGGUCUGAAAAGCUUCGACAAGUUUACAGAACGAAUACAGCUUUAUAUGUGUAGAGCAUUUCGUUAUCAGAGUGUUGAACCAGGUAGAGUCAUCCUAAGACGAGGACAUGUGGGAAUUAACUUUUAUUUCAUAUAUUCCGGUUCCGUUUUUGUAAAUGUUGAUGACAUUGAUUCUAAAGGAGACCAUUUCGAGAAGACAGAAACAGUACUUGUAAGAGGAGAUUCUUUUGGGGAAUUAGCAUUACUGCAAGAUAUCCGACGCACUGCCACCAUUACUUGCCGAGAGACAUGCGAAGUCUUGGUGGUUGAUAAGGAAACUUUUGCUAAAGUCUGCCCCAGCAUCUUUCAGGAAGAACUGGAAGAAAAAGAAAAAUUUCUGACUCAGUUGACGCUAUUCAACUCCAAAUAUUGGACAAAAGACAUGAUGAGAGCGCUUUGCAAUGACGCACAAAUCCAGGAGUAUAAGACUAAUAAAGUUGUUGCCACAGACAGGAGAGAUGAGGAAUGGAUAUACAUCUGUAUGCAGGGUAAAGGUCAGGUGAUUAGGCGACUGUUGCUGGACGGGCCCUCUACGUCAAAACGUCAAAGAAUUAAAUCAACUACGUCCAUCAGUCGACAUAAAACCCCGGAAGUCUUGAUAAAUCUCUUGGAGGAUGACGAACCCGACUCUCAAGACGGUAGUAGCUUGUCACCUGGAGAAUCGGACGACGAAGAAGGAAAGGAGAAAAUGCUGGAGUCUAUGUCGUUAGAGUAUCGGAAGGACGGGCGAAGAACGAGCUUCUUAACACACUUGAAGUGGGAGGCUGAUAUACAGAGAAAAAAAGCAAUGAAGACUCCAAACCGAGAGGAAAUAGUAAAGAAAAAACAAGAAAUGGUCAUUCAUGGUCCUACAACCUUAACCUCUCUCAUGUCUAAGGACAAAGAAAACACAGCAUCUGAAUUUAUUUACCUCCACAUAGACACCGUGAGCAAAGAGGAUGUGUUUGAUAUUUAUUCCAUCUUGCACCACGUGACCUCCCCACCUGACAGUGAUGUUUUGCUGGUCAGUGGCGGAGCUCGCUUCCUGCGUAUCAAGAAAAGAAACUUUUUCCAAAUCUGCUCCAGGGAGGCGCUAGAACAAUCGAAGAGGAUUGCCAUGAGAUCAAGAUACCCAACAAACAACCAACUGUUGACGUCAUACACGGAGAAAUUCCACUGGGACAAUUACAAAAAUGUAGUGGUGGAUCAAGUGAUCAGACCUCAUGUGGAGCGUCAAACACGGUUCAAAAAUAGUCCUGAUCUACAAUCCUCUAUCAUUAACUUUCAACGACAAAGAACAAUAGAUCUGAUAAAUACAUUAAAACAACAUUCUCAAUAAACCGAUAUUCAAUCUAAGUUAUGAGUACUUAAUGAUAACAUCUGCCUCUUUUGUUCCAUUUUUAAUCAAGGAUACUGAGUAACUAAAAAGACUACUGUGUACAGCAGGCAAUUUAACUUGACAUGAUUGUGUAUAUAUGAAGUUCAUUUUGAUUUUUCUGUACAUGC